UUCCCUGAGUGAAAUAAUAAAGGACCAUUGUAGUAGUUUCGCUAACAAAGCAGGUUGCAAAAUGUCGGGAGAGGUGUACCUACUUUGGCUGUUGUCGUUGCUGCAGACGCUGUCUGCGUACGGGGCCGAUCUGUCGUCCGAGGCCUGCAGGGAGCUGGGCUUCUCCAGCAACCUCCUGUGCAGCUCCUGCGACCUGCUGGGGGAGUUCAGCCUCACCAAGCUGCAGCCCGUCUGCCGGCAGUGCUGCCAGCAGGAGGCUCAGAUGGAAUCACGCAAGCUCUACGCAGGAGCCAUCCUGGAGGUGUGUGGAUGAAAACUGGGGAGGUUCCCUCAAGUCCAGGCUUUUGUCAGGAGCGAGAUGCCCAAGAUGUUUAAAGGUCUUCAGAUCAAGUACGUCAGAGGCUCCGAUCCCAUCCUAAAGCUCCUGGACGAUAACGGGAACAUCGCUGAAGAGCUCAGCAUCACCAAGUGGAACACAGACAGCGUUGAAGAGUUUCUGAGUGAGAAGUUAGACCGAAUAUAGACACACGUAAAAAAAUAUAAAAAAUUUUUAUAUGUAUAGAACUUAAAUGGUCCCUUAAAUUACCAAGAAAAUGGACUUUAUUUUGGGCAAGUGGGCAAAAAUGUUGCUUUUUGUCUCAUUGGAUUUCUGUCACUGUUUAGCUGUUGGUAUACAACCUGGGCUUGACAGCUGUUUAAAUCAUUGAUCUAUGUUUUUGUAUCUGAUUAUAAUCGGUGUGUCUGCGUGGAUCUCACCAGAUGACUCGACUAAAACCCUAAAACACAUUCAUAAAAUCUAUUUCACAAAGGAAUCAUUUGCUAAGAUAAGCGUUCCUCUUUUUGUUUAUCGGAUAUUGUUGUGAGAUGAUUAUUUUUUAUGACGCUUACCGUUGUGACCAGCAGUAAAUGCAGUAAGAGAGAGUGAAUCCCCGUUCCUCAGCGAUCGCACCCGGCUUUGCUGAGACACACGUCAGUGAAGAGCUCACAGUAAACCGGUUGUGGGAUGUGAGCUCUGAUGGAAAUCUGUGUGUUUCUUCAGCGGCUGCUUUUGAAGAGGAACUGGUUUUCUUUGCAGGGUUUGUUUAUGAGCUGGAUGAUGGGAUAAAUAUGCAACAAUAAACAGAAUAUCUUCAAUUUCUUCUUU